AUGCUAUCCGGCGCCAAAGAAUUGGAUUUGGAUUUCUUUCCCGAUCUAGAUUUAACUCCCACUAUCAUUUGCCCGUCUGCCUACAUUUGUUCAUUAUCUAUCUAUCUAUCUAUCUAUCUAUCUAUCUAUCUAUCUAUCUAUCUAUCUAUCUAUCUAUCUAUCAACUACAGUAUGUCAAUUUCUUUCUUUCUUUCUAUUACAAUAUGUCAAUUUCUUUAUUUUCUAUCUAUCACAGUAUGUCAAUUUCUAUUACAAUAUGUCAAUUUCUUUAUUUCUAUCUAUCACAGUAUGUCAAUUUCUUUAUAUCUAUCUAUCUAUCUAUCUAUCUAUCUAUCUAUCUAUCUAUCUAUCUAUCUAUCUAUUACAGUAUGUCAAUUUCUUUAUUUCUAUCUAUCACAGUAUGUCAAUUUCUUUAUUUCUAUCUAUCUAUCUAUCUAUCUAUCUAUCUAUCUAUCUAUCUAUCUAAUAUGCCAGAUUACAGUGUUUACAGCAGAAUCGGCUGAUUCCUUUCUCUCUCUCUUUCUUUCUUUCUAUCUAUUACAGUAUAUCAAUUUCUAUCGAUCUAUAUAUCUCUCUAUCUAUUGCAGUAUGUCAAUUUCUAUCUAUCUAUCUAUCUAUCUAUCUAUCUAUCUAUCUAUCUAUCUAUCUAUCUAUUACAGUAUAUCAAUUUCUAUCUAUCUAUCUAUCUAUUGCAGUAUGUCAAUUUCUAUCUAUCUAUCUAUCUAUCUAUCUAUCUAUCUAUCUAUCUAUCUAUCUAUCUAUUACAGUAUGUCAAUUUCUAUCUAUCUAUUACAAUAUGUCAAUUUCUAUCUAUCUAUCUAUCUAUUACAGUAUGUCAAUUUCUAUCUAUCUAUCUAUCUAUCUAUCUAUCUAUCUAUCUAUCUAUCUAUCUAUCUAUUACAGUAUAUCAAUUUCUAUCUAUCUAUCUAUCUAUCUAUCUAUCUAUCUAUUUAUCUAUUACAGUAUAUCAAUUUCUAUCUAUCUAUCUAUCUAUCUAUCUAUCUAUCUAUCUAUCUAUCUAUCUAUCUAUCUAUUACAGUCCUGUCAAUUUCUUUCUUUCUUUCUAUUACAAUGGUCGUAGCAAGAAUUGAUUGA